ACAGCAAGGGGGCAAUGCAUGUUAAUUUCUGAUGCCUCUGUUUUAUUUCACCCUCCCUGUCCUCGAUGCCCGUUCCUGGGUCAGGCUCUGUUCAUCGACGAAGUCUACAACCUUGUGGUCGAUGCCAUCUUUGGCUUCAGCUUCAAGGGCGAGGUGCGGGAGCCGUUCGCUUCGGUCCUGGGCACCCUCGAGGGGGUGACUGUGCCCAUUGCCAGCGUGGACAUCCCAUCAGGUUGGGACGUGGAGAAGGGUAACCCCAGUGGGAUUCAGCCCGACCUGCUCGUCUCCCUCACUGCGCCGAAGAAAGCAGCCACCCACUUCCAGGGGCGUUACCACUACCUCGGGGGCCGUUUCGUGCCCCCUGCUCUGGAGAGGAAGUACAGCCUGAACCUGCCCGAAUACCCAGGGACUGAGUGUGUUUGCCAGCUGCUGUGAGACUCUUUCUUUUCCCCCCCCCCCCCUCCCCACCACAACCACCCCGGAAUCCCAGGAUGUAGGAUUUGCCCCAUCCAACCACCUGCUGGGGGUGGGGGGGGUGGAGUCAAAGCCCACGUGUGGACAGCGGUCACUGUUUCUC